AUGUACGAUGAUCGGCUGGACGUCCCUGGGACAGCACGAGUGUUCGAUGAAUCAGGAGAGAUCGUUCAAACAGAUCACGUAAAUUUGUAUCCUAUGCCAAGUCUUGAUCCCGAAGAUCCUUUGAAUUGGUCGAAAGGUCGUAAAUGGAUAUUUCUUAGUUGUAUCAUUUGGUAUCAGUUCGUUGUUAAUCUUCAAGCGGCAGUUCUCUACGCUAUAUAUGUUCCGUUAAGCGAUGAGACUGGACUUACCCUUGAUCAACUCAACGCAGGUACAGGCUACCUUUAUCUCUUCAUUGGUAUAUCGGCAAUUAUAUCUCAACCUUUGGCUCUGGGAUAUGGCAAAAGACCUAUCUAUAUAAUAUCAACUUUUGCUUGUGCUUUGUUAAACGUUUGGACUGCCUAUAUACCAAGUAAUUCACAAUGGAUCGGAAGUCGUUUACUUUUAGGUUUCUUCUUGUCACCUGCUUACGCCUUGAUCCAAGUUUCCAUCACCGACGUGUUCUUCAUGCACGAGCGAGGACUACCUAUGGGUAUUUACGCAUUAGCUAUAUAUGCCGGAGGUUGUAUGGGUCCUAUUCUGAGUGGUCAAGUAUAUGACGCUAUGGGUUGGAAACCAAUUAUCUGGCUAUCAACAGGCUUGACGGUCAUUUCAGGUUUCGUACUUGUGUUCUUUUUGGAGGAAUCGUCUUUCAUCCGUCGAACUACCGCAAUUUCAUCUUUGACGAAUCCAGAAGAUCAAUACGAAGGUGUUGUUGCUCAUGGGGGCGACGUCAAUCCGGCCGGCAGCGCAUCUUCUUCUGAAGUAGGCAAGAAUAUCAAGAUGGAUAAUAUUGAAGCUGGAGUAUAUAACGUCAAUCGUCAAUAUAUCCAAAAAGUCUCUUUACCGCUCAAUACUAAGUGGCACGGACCGCGUUUCUGGAAAUUCUCAAAACCACACCCACAAGCACAAGCGAUCAUCAUCAAAACCGUCUUUCAGUGUUUUAUGGUAUUGAGAUUACCUGCUGUCAUUUGGUGCGGUGUGACUUUGGGUGUAUUCCAGGCUUUCUACAACUUCGUCUCGGCGUUGGCAUCGGGCGUACUAGCAGAGGACCCCUAUAACAUGUCAACUAGCGCUGUUGGUUUGACUUUUCUUUCUUCCUUGAUCGCUGCCAUCCCAGUAGCGUUCCUCGGGGGACCCUUAGCGGAUUGGUAUGGGUUAUAUUGUGCCAAGCGAAAUCAUGGAAUCAGUGAAGCCGAACACAAGCUUCAUUUGUGGUUAAUUUGUGUUAUCCUUACUCCAAUUGGCUUAUUAAUGAUGGGACUUGGACCGUAUUACUCAUCUCACUGGAUAAUCUUUGUAUUAGGAUGUGGAAUAAUCAAUUUUGUCGGAACUUUUGGAACUUUAUUAGCAGUCAAUUACAUUUUUGAUUGUUUCCACGAAAUGCACCCAGAUAAUCCGGAUUCACCUUCUGCGGCUGCUCAAGACGCUGCUCCUUAUCUAUUAUCCGCCGUACUCAUCUGUAUGGUCUUCUCUUUCGCUUUGAGCUACGCAAUCACUCCUUGGUGUUUCGAAUGGGGACUUAGAAACUUCGGGAUAAGCUCGGCUAUCAUAUUCACUUUUAUCCUCUGCUCGACUGGAUUGAUGUUGAUCUACGGAAAGAGAAUGAGGAAAUCUGGAGAAGGAUACUAUAAGAAGAUUAUCAAUUGGUAA